UAUUUCAGUGUUUUUGAUUUGAAUGUAAAAAGCGCACGCUCGCCCAGUCGCUGUCCAGGUGUUGUCCAGUAAAGUCCAGCGGAGCAGCAGCAGAUCAGCCGCAACAGCCGCAUCGGCCGCAUCAGCCGCAUCAGCAGCAUCAGCAGCAGUUCCCCAAAUAGUGAUGUAGAAACCAAGAAACCGUAAAACGAUGGUCAAACAGUGUGUGCGUGUGUAAAAUAAAAACUACAACUCUACAAGAAAAGAAAAACGAAACGAACAAGGAUAGUGAACUUAAAGUGAUAAAUCGUAUACCAAAGUCGAGGAAAGCUCAGUAAAUUAGACAAGGAAAUUCAUACAGUACUGUCUCCAUUGUAUAAAUCGGAAGUUAAGGACUUAUAUUAUCUGCAAAAGCGAACUUUAGCACAAUGGAUUACCUCACAAUGUUCUACGACGGUUGGCGGGAUCUGAUGGACAACAAAUCAGAUCCGCGAACACGAGACUACCCGCUGAUGAGCUCGCCAUUCCCCACGAUAGCCAUCAGUCUGACAUACGCGUACAUCGUCAAGGUACUCGGACCCAAGCUCAUGGAAAACAGAAAGCCUUUCGAGCUUCGCAAAGUCUUGAUCGUCUACAAUGCAGCGCAAGUUAUCUUCAGUGCCUGGCUUUUUUACGAGUCCUGCAUAGGCGGAUGGCUCAACGGCUAUAACUUGCGAUGCGAACCCGUUAAUUAUUCCUACUCGCCCAAAGCGAUUCGUACCGCUGAGGGCUGCUGGUGGUACUACUUCUCCAAGUUCACCGAGUUCUUCGACACCUUCUUCUUUGUGAUGCGUAAGCGAUACGAUCAAGUGUCCACGUUGCACGUGAUCCAUCACGGCAUCAUGCCAGUCUCAGUCUGGUGGGGCGUCAAGUUCACCCCCGGUGGCCACUCGACCUUCUUCGGCUUCCUGAACACCUUCGUGCACAUCUUCAUGUACGCCUACUACAUGCUGGCCGCCAUGGGACCCAAGGUGCAGAAGUACCUGUGGUGGAAGAAGUACCUGACUGUGAUGCAGAUGAUCCAGUUCGUCCUGGUUAUGGUGCACUCCUUCCAGCUGUUCUUCAAGAACGACUGCAACUACCCAAUCGGCUUCGCUUACUUCAUCGGAGCCCAUGCGGUUAUGUUCUACUUCCUGUUCUCAAACUUCUACAAGCGUGCCUAUGUGAAGCGCGAUGGCAAGGACAAGCCGGCGGUGAAGGCGAACGGACAUGCCAACGGACACAUAAAGGCGCUCAAGGACGGCGAUGUGACGCCAACCACCUACGGCCAGGCCAACGGCUUCCACAACACCUUCUCCAAGUUUACCACGGAUAUGUGCAAUCCGGCCCUGAACUCCUCGACGAGACAGCGCGUGCUCGUGAACGCCGGCAACAAGUGAGCGCCGCCAGCCAACCAGCCAGCCAGCCAAACAUGGAACACACAUAAGCAUAAAUUAAUUACGCUACCAAUUAAAAUACCGUACAUUUAAAUUAAACGUAAGCAUAGGGAGUCCAAGCCUACAUCUAAGCCAAAUCGAAUUCGCACGAGGAAACAAAAACAUUAUUUCAUGGACAAUCCAUGGUGAUCGCACGUAAGGAUCACAAAUCGCUGGCAUACCGGUGUCCAUCGAUCAUUUCUCAAAUACAAAUAUAUCCACAUUUAGUACCCAACACUUUCCGCAUAUCGUCAUCCAUGUUCAUGUACAUAGAUCGUUUAUAGCUGCUGAUGACUUAGUGGUUCGGCGUUCAUCUACUUUUAAUACAUAAAUACACCAUUUUGGGGCAAGGCGAUGGUCAUAUUAUUCCAGGAUCCGUUCCCAAGUGUACCUGCUUUCCGUGUCUAUCGCUCUACCAUUUUUUAUUUUUCUUUAUGCAAGCGACGCUUCUUAGUACGUGUAUUUUAUUUCUAUGGAUUGUUUUAAACAAACGAAAUGUGUUUUUAUUUUAUAAAUAAAUUCGAGAUUAAAACGUA